AUGCUCCAACUCAAUGUUGGAAUAUCGAUGCUAUGUAUCAUUGGCUUAGCUUGUUCAGCCCCUUCGUUGAACUUGCGCUCUUCUCUCGGAGAGAAAGACACACAUUGGGUGAACAUCUGGACGACUAUGCCUCAACUGGUCGAGCCUGGUAACCUUCCACCAGUUCCAUUUAAUGGUUCGGACUCGGUAUUCCAAAACACUACCAUUCGUCAAACCCUCCAAGUCUCAUUGCCAGCAGAGGAAAUACGAAUCCGCCUCUCCAACACUUUUGGUAUAAAUGCACUCUCUAUCACUAAAGUGACUGUCAGUCUACCAGCAACACAGCAAGUAGGCCUCAGCGCCUCACAGGAAGGGUCAAUGCAAGUCGUUUCUUUCAAUGGUAGACCAAACACAGUGAUACCUAACGGGGCAUUGGCUGUUUCCGACCCCAUCAAAAUAUCUGUCAAGGCUCAAUCGCCCCUGAUGAUCAGCAUCUUUCUCGAAGAUGGUCAAGAGGGCUUUUCAAUCACUGGUCACCCUGGAAGUAGAACGACUUCGUAUCUGGCAUUUGGAGACUGGGUCGACGCGCAGAACAUAACACAAUCAUCUGUUCAGAGCACAGAUCACUGUUGGCCCGACUUGCUACUCAAGAAACUGCAAAAACACGACUCCACUUCCAGAAUCUCGAUCUCUAACCAAGCAGCCGGCGGUAAUCGCAUCCUUCAAGACGGCCUCGGGCCGAAUGUUCUGAGUCGCCUGGAUAGAGACGUACUAGCACAGUCCGGAGUACGAUUUGCGAUGAUCUUUGAGGGUGUGAACGAUAUCGGUGUUGCUGAUCCCGACACUGCUUCCCAAUUGGAGAUCGAGGAACGUCUUAUUGCCGCUUAUCGACAGAUUGCGACGCGCAUUCAUGCUCUGGGUAUUCCAGUCUUUGGUGCAACUAUUACUCCAUUUGGUUCCUCGUCGACUUCAGAUUACAUACAACCUUACUCCAGUCCUGUCCGAGAGAAAACCCGACAACGCAUCAAUACAUUUAUCCGGGAAAGUGGUAUAUUUGAUGCCGUGUUAGAUUUUGAUCGUGUGUUGAGACAUCCCUUGGCUCCUAGCCAGCUGUUGGAGAAGUAUGAUUCGGGUGACCAUCUUCAUCCGAAUGUGGCUGGUUAUCAGGCGUUGGCCGAUUACUUCCCCUUAGAAAUACUGGUUGAGAGUUGA